AUGGUGAAAUUGGCUAUAUGUGUACUUAGUUACUUUACUGCUGUUGUUUAUGGUGUGGGAUUUACUGGAAAAUUCGUAGGGAUUCCCGAAGACGCUGUGGCAACCCAAAACUCCCACUCUGAUUCUCCUAUAAUCAAUGGCGUAAAUUACCAGUCCAGAAUCGAUGUUACACUUACCCCGAUCGUCACAUCGGGUAUUUCAGACCCUAAGUCAUUGGCUGUAAAGAGAUCAUUCGAUUUCGAAGUGCCAGACUUACACAAUGGCGAGUACCAACUCACACUCAAUAGUUAUGAUUUUCAGUUGCAGAAUAGUCGCUAUAAAGUGGUUGUGGAUGAGGAAAACAUUAGCGUAUAUGAAGAUUCGUUGGGUUCCAAGGCAUUAAACCAGUCUUCAUUGCAGAAGGUUGGCCCAAAACGUCCGCUUCUUGUGGAUGUUGUGGGGUAUAAAGAGUAUUAUGAGAGUCCCCAGGGAAAAAUUACAGAAAUGGUCAUGAACAGUCCCCUCGGGUUCAUCUUCAAGAAUAGCUUGUAUACGGCUUUGUUUGUUGCAUCGAUGGUUAUCAUGGUGGCGCCUUACGUUCUUACGUUGAUCUCGCCAGAAUUGGCUGAACAAGUCAAUGAAAUGCAGAAUGUAGCCCCAGUUGAGAAACAGCAAAUUGUGCAACCACCAGCACAAGAAGUGCCCAAGGCAUCUUCUGGAAGAGCCAAGGGUGUGAAACAGAGAAAGAUUUAG